UUUCUUGCUCUUCACUUCUUCACCCAACACGGGAUUCUCAGCGGAUGCCUUCGAUCUCCAUGGCGGAUUCACGAUUUCGGGUUUCCCUUUCAUGGGUUCUUGUCGUGUUAUGCAUUUUAGGGUUUUUCUUGGGAUCCAAGGCUUUUGCAGCCGGUAAAGAGGAGGAGGGUAAUCAUAAGUUCCUGGGUAACGAUAUUCCAGAAGAUUAUAAUGAGGUAAGGCCUCAGGGUGCUAAUGAUAUCGACGAUGGUUCUAUUAGCAGUGCCGGCGAUGGGGAAGGAGAGAGAUUUGAGCUCUGUGGUACCGAUCUGAGCACUUUUCUUGCUCCACCUUAUGGCAAUAUAUCCAACAUGAUCUGCACUCCGAUUUGGAGUUCAUUUGUUUUGAGGUAUUUGCAGAGGGAAGACAAUGUGAUGACAAUUAUAUUGUCUGCUGUAUACAGCACCGGAUGGGUUGGAAUAGGUUUUUCGAACAAUGGAUUGAUGGUUGGAUCUAGUUGUAUGGUAGGCUGGUUCAAUAGAAAGGGUCAUCCAAGAAUCAAGCAGUAUUACUUGGAGGGUUUCCAUGCAUCGCAAGUCAUACCAGAUAAGGGAGAAUUGCAACUAGUUGAACAUGUGCCGCCUGUUGUUGCCCUUCACGGGGCCAUGAUUUAUCUGGCAUUUCAAGUGAAGUUCCCAGUUCCUCUCUCUCACCAACCUAUCAUCUUGGCCUUUGCAAGCAGAUACCCAAAUCUCUACCGCCUCGCCAAACAUGAUGACAAAACAGCUAUCUGGUUUGACUUCUCUCAAGCAUCUGUUGUGAACAUAGGUUCUACCUACAAGAGGCAUCAUGGGGUAUUGGGAAUCAUUGGAUGGGGUUUAAUCCUUCCCAUGGGAGCAAUUGUUGCUAGAUACUUUAAGCACAAAGAUCCACUGUGGUAUUAUCUUCAUGCAGGAAUUCAGUUUGUGGGAUUCAUCAUUGGCCUUGUUGCUGUACUCCUAGGUAUUCAACUCUACCACAGGAUAAAUGCAGACAUACCAGCACAUAAAGGCAUAGGAAUCUUUGUUCUUGUGCUUAGCAUUCUUCAGAUAUUGGCAUUCUUUCUACGGCCAAAAAAGGAUUCAAAGAUAAGGAAAUACUGGAACUGGUAUCAUCACUGGUUCGGGAGGAUGGUGCUUUUCUUCGGAUCUCUGAAUGUAGUAUUGGGGAUUCAUUUUGGAGAAGCAGGGAAUGAAUGGAAGAUUGGAUAUGGUUUUCUUGUUGGGAUAAUUCUUGUUGCUGUUAUUGUUUUGGAAGCAUUAUCUUGCAUGAGAAGAUCAGAGAAACCUAUUCUGCCUCCAUCGUCCUUCCAGAUGAAUCCUAUUUAAACAAGCUAUAUUAAGCCCUUUGAAGGUAAAUGUUUCUGGCUGUGUGCUUAUAAAGCAGCAAAUUAUUCAACUAAUUUCAAAAGAAAGGGUAACUUUGCUUUGUAUCUGUGGUGGCACCAUGGCCUCCCAUAGCCUUGAAGAAACCUGGCCAUGUCAAGCUGCAUCCGAUUCAAUAUGCUCUCAGUUUUUGAACAAUGAAAUAGCUUGGGUCGG